CUUGCACAUGCUUUAGGGCAAUGGAGCAUUUUCCAACGUGCCCAAGGUCUGCUCCAAGCGGACACCCAAGAGCAGCAGGGUUUAAACUACUCUGAUACUGAGAACUCAAGGAGCUUUGUAAUGGUGACUUUGUGGAGAGGCAUCACAAGGCUUGAACAAGAUAUGGCUGAGGGGACACCAAGAUGGGAAGGAAAAGAGGAGCAGAAGAAAAUGAUGAAACAAGUUGCCAGGAUGGAGGAAGCCAAGCAGAACCUGACUCUGAAACCACCUUUUGAGUUGGCAGGAAUCGGAAAGACAACAGUGAAAACAACCCUUAGGGUACUGGGAAAUGAGGAGAAAACAAGAGUGAGGCCAGCCCAGGGGGUGGAAGAAGCCAAAGAAAAGACAACAGUGAAACCACUUCCUAGGGUGGAGGGAGCCAAGGACAAGGCAACAGUGAAACCAUUCUCUGCCCCGAAGGGAGCUGGUGGAAACAAUCCAUCCAUGGACCAUAGGAAGCCAACAGAGCCUCUUGCAGCAGUGAAAACUGCAAGACCUGUUCCUCAGCCUGCUGCAGUGGCAGAACAGAAGGAACUGAGGGCUGCUGACUUCAAAGCUGAGCCACAGUGGGAUUUUGAGGACGAGUACGUGAUGGACGCCUCAUCUGCACCACCGACCUGCUCCGAAUCGGUGAGGGCCAGGGCUGCCAGGUCAGCGUGGCUGCGAGACCGCUUCCUGCCCAACAUCAGGCUCUUCACCGACAGCAGCUGCUUCAGCCAGCAGGAGUGGCACCGCCUGCAGCACUUCGUGCCUCCCUAUGGCUUCAUGGAGCUGAAUUACUCACUGGUGAAGGAGGUCAUGUCCCUGCUGCCCCCCAGCCCCCAGCAGCAGCUGCUGCUGAGCUCCAGCGAGAGCAGCAGGGCGAGGUGCGUGAGCUGCGCCGUGGUGGGGAACGGAGGCAUCCUCAACAACUCCGGCGUGGGCCAGGAGAUCGACUCCCACCACUAUGUGUUCCGGGUGAGUGGAGCUGUAAUCAAAGGUUACGAGAAGGAUGUGGGCACAAAAACCUCCUUUUAUGGAUUCACAGCCUACUCCCUGGUGUCCUCUCUCCAGAUCCUGGGGCACAGAGGGUUCAGCAAAAUCCCAGGAGGAAAACAUGUCAGGUACAUUCACUUCCUGGAGGGAGCUAGAGACUACGAGUGGCUGAGGGCUCUUCUGCUGAACAAGAACAUCAGGAAAGGAUUCUUGAACCACAGGCAGAAGCCUCGGGAGAGAUUUGAUGAAGAUUUCACCAUGGACAAAUACCUGGUGGCUCACCCUGAUUUCCUCAGAUACAUGAAGAACAGGUUUUUAAAAUCUCAAAGUCUGAGCAAGCCCUACUGGAGGCUGUACAGACCCACAACAGGAGCAUUCCUGCUGCUCACUGCCCUCCACCUCUGUGACCAGGUGAGUGCCUAUGGCUACAUCACGGAGGGCCACGAGAGGUACUCGGACCACUACUACGACAGGACCUGGAAGCGGCUCAUCUUCUACACCAACCAUGACUUCAACCUGGAGAAGCAGGUGUGGAAGAGGCUUCAUGAUGAGAGCAUCAUCAAGCUCUACCAGAGAUCCUGAGUGUGUGGCAAGGGCCACUGCCUGGGACAUCCCCACCCCACCUCACUGGGAGCGG